AUGAUUAUUAAAAUAGUUGUUGAUAUCAUCAUAUCAGUUCCUUGUAAAUAUAAACAAAAAUGCAUAAAGCAAGUUUAAUAGCCAUAACUCCAAUUGUAUACAUUAUUUAUUUUAUUUGAGUUAUCCAUUAUAUUAUUUAUUUCUACUAUGAAUAACACGUAAAAUUGGUAAAAUGAUAUCACAUAAUUAAUUAGAUAUGGCCUAUUUGUUAUCAAUUUUUAUAAUCCAACAAUUAAGAAGCAACUGAAUCCAGCUAGAAUGGAAUAGUAAAUACUUGAUGCCAAUAUAAAUUAAACCAUAUUUAAUAUUGCAAAUGUCUAAUAUUAGUUUCAUGAUUCUUACCAAUGCAUAUACUGUAAAGUUAAGAUGCUCUUGUAUUAUUUUUGGUGAGUUCUGCGAUAGGUAUUUAUCUGAUUGAUCUUUGUAUAAGAAAUUCAAAGUGUAUUUAUUCAACAUGAUUUAGAAAUUAAAUUAAGUUUUAAAAACAUAAUAGAAACAACAUUAAUUCUAAAAUACAUUAGACAGUAAAAUUAUUAACUUAUUUUUGUUUCAUUAGGUUUUCUAAAAAAUUUUAUAAAUAUAAGUAAAAUUAAUGAUCAUUAUUAAUAACUGUAACAAAAUUUAAUGAUUAUGUAAAGACUAAGAGUUUAUUUUUACUUAUCAUUAUCAGAAUCUAAACUAAGUAUGAAUAUAAAAAGAUGGAAUUUAACUAUUGAAACUGAAUCUAUUUAGACAAGUUCAAAUAUAUUUUUUAAUUAUGAGUUAUUGUAAGUUAUGCAAUCACAAAAUAAGUAAUAUGCAUGGAUUUGUUUAGAUUGAUUAAUCGAAAAAUUGAAGAAAAUAUUAGUAAGAUAAUAAAGAAGAAUUUCAAAAUAUAACUUAAAAAUUCAUAAUAGAGAAGAAAAUUUCGAAGAGUUAUCAACAAGCAAUAUUUAUUUAAGAUAAAUCAGACUCAAAAUUAUAAAUUAGUUGAACUAAAAGAUUAAAUAUAUUUAGUUGAAAUAAGGAAUGAGGAACCAUUAAUUAGGACUUUGAAUUUAUGAGAAAAAAAGUUGGUUUAAUUGGAGUAGAAAUAGAUGAUAUUCAAAAUGAAGUUAAAAACUUCGCUAUAGAUAUUGAAUUAAAAAUACAAUUAUAUAUAAGAUCAUAAAUUUCUAGUAAUGUCUAAUACAAAUAGAUCAAAUUUUGGAAAUAUUUAAAAAAUUUUCUUAAGAAUUAUUGUUUAAAGUUAGAGUAUGAUGUUAUUGACAAUCAUACAGUGAUGUUAUGUUUUAAAUUUAAAAAAAAGUAAAGAAAAAAUAAAGUAACUUAGCUUUAGUUAAGUAACAAUAAAUGCAGAGAAUUUUAAUAAAAAAUUUAUUAAUAUAACUUGAAUAAAUUUCAGUGCCUAUAUAGAAUCUCAAUAAUUUAAUAGAAAAACAUGACAAUAAGUUGAAUGAUUAUAAAGAAAUAAUUUAAAUAAGUGAAAUCGACAUUUUAAAGAUGAUUAAAAAGAGAAAUAGUAAAGAUUUACAUAAAUGA